UCUCCGCCGCCCGGAACCCGGCCGGGCCGGCCGCCAUCAUGCUGAGCCGGCUAGGGGCGCUGCUGCAGGAGGCCGUGGGGGCGCGGGAGCCCAGCAUUGACCUGCUCCAGGCCUUCGUGGAACACUGGAAGGGUAUUACACACUACUACAUCGAGAGCACAGAUGAAAACACCCCGGCCAAGAAGACAGACAUUCCCUGGCGGCUGAAGCAGAUGCUGGACAUCCUGGUGUACGAGGAGCAGCAGCAGUCAGCUGCUGGUGAGGCGGGGCCCUGUCUGGAGUACCUGCUGCAGCACAAGAUCCUGGAGACCCUGUGCACGCUGGGCAAGGCUGAGUACCCCCCAGGCAUGCGGCAGCAGGUGUUCCAGUUCUUCAGCAAAGUCCUGGCUCAGGUGCAGCACCCGCUGCUGCACUACCUUAGCGUCCACAGGCCCGUGCAGAAACUUCUACGGCUUGGUGGGGCAGUCCCUGGGUCCCUCACAGAAAAGGAAGAGGUGCAGUUCACCAGUGUCCUCUGCUCCAAGAUCCAGCAGGACCCAGAGCUGCUCACCUACAUCCUGGAGGGUAAAAAGAUUAUAGGGAAGAAGAAGUCAUCCAGAGAGUCCACGGCCCUGUCUAAAGAUACAGCCAGCCACAGGGAUAAGGACUGUUGUCAGAACUGUGCUCCGGACAGGGCCCCCCAACUGGAUGGGGAGUGCAGUGGGGCCCAGGCCUUGGACAGCCACCUGCCUGCACCUGUGGAGACUGAGGGGCCAGAUGGGCCUGGGGAGAGCAACCUGAUCACAACCCUGCUCGGGCUGUGCAAGAGCAAGAAGGGUCGGGUGGCCCUAAAGGCCCAGGAGAACCUGCUGCUUCUGGUAGGCGUGGCCUCCCCAGCAGCUGCUACCUACCUGGCACAGAGCAGCGCCUGUUGUGCCGAGAUCUCGGAACAUCUGUGCCAGCUGUACCGGUCCCUGCCUGCCUUCCUCGACCCUGCAGACAUCGCUGCUUUAGAGGGCAUCAGCUGGAGGUUACCCAGUGCCCCAUCCGAUGAGGCAUCCUUCCCUGGUAAGGAGGCCCUGGCUGCCUUCCUGGGCUGGUUUGAUUACUGUGACCACCUUAUCACCGAGGCACACACGGUGGUAGCUGAUGUCUUGGCAAAGGCUGUGGCUGAGAGGCUGUUUGUGGAUGCCCUGCAACCCCAGCUUUUGCACGUGUCUGAGCAGAGCAUCCUGACCUCCACUGCCCUGCUGACAGCCAUGCUGCGCCAGCUCCGCUCCCCUAUACUGCUGCAGGAAGCCGUGACCUUCCUUCUGGGCUCCCACCGGCAGCCUGCAGCCACUGAGGACAGUCCACGCACGCUGUGCGACCACCUCAUCGGGCACUGUGACCACCUCUCCGACGAGAUCAGCAUCGCCACAUUGCGGCUGUUCGAGGAGCUGCUGCAGAAGCCCCACGAGGGGGUCAUCUACAGCCUGGUUUUGUGCAACCUGGAGGGCCGCCUGUAUGUGGCCCGGAGCUCACCGGAGCCCGAGAACUAUGAGGACACUGUAGAUCUGGAGGAAGACCCUUACUUCACAGAUGGCUUUGAUUCUGGCCUACAGCCCUCUGUAAAGCCUCGCCAGGCUCCUGCCACUUUGGAUGGCAAAACAGCAGUGACAGAGAUCGUCAACAGCUUCCUCUGCCUGGUCCCUGAAGAAGCCAAGACCUCAGCCUUCCUGGAGGAGACUGGGUACGACACUUAUGUGCAUGAUGCCUACGGACUGUUCCAGGAGUGUAGCUCCCGUGUUGCUCUCUGGGGCUGGCCGCAGACUCCCACACCCUUGGAUCCCCAUGAGCCAGAACGGCCUUUCUUUGAGGGCCACUUCCUUGGAGUGCUGUUCAAUCGCAUCGCCCGGAUUUUGGAUCAGCCCUACAGCCUAAACCUGCAAGUGACCUCAGUGUUAUCCCGGCUCGCCCUCUUCCCCCACCCCCAUAUCCAUGAGUACCUUCUGGAUCCCUACAUCAACCUGGCCCCUGGCUGCAGGAGCCUGUUCUCUGUGCUGGUCAGGGUGAUCGGGGACCUGAUGCAGAGGAUUCAGAGGAUACCGCAGUUCCCAGGCAAGCUGCUUCUAGUACGCAAGCAGCUGAUGGGCCAGGUCCCCGGGGAGCAGCUGGACCACCAGACUCUCCUUCAGGGCGUGGUAGUUCUUGAGGAGUUCUGCAAGGAGCUGGCUGCCAUCGCCUUCGUCAAGUUUCCCCCACAUGGUCCUCAGCUGAACUUCUCCCCGCCCCUGGAAGGGCAAGUCUGAGACUCCCGUCCUUGUCUCUGCCCAGGAGCCGCCUCCUGCUGGGCCCUGCCACCUCUGCAGCGCCCGUCUUGGGGCUUCAGCUCCCAGGCUGACUUGGGAUCUCAACCUGUUUACCAGGCAGGCCUAGGUUCCAGGGAGUGGACUUCAGAGGUGCCAGGAGGAAUAGAGACAACUUUCCUGGCAGCAUGGUGUCUUCAGGGCCUUCCUGGAGGAGCUGGGUGAUAGCUGGUUUGCACCUGGACUCUGCCCUUGUGUGUUGUCUUGACUGUUCACUCCAUACUGGCCAUGUGUGGUCAGGGCCACAACUGGUAACAACUCCAGGGGGUCUUGUGGAGACAGCUGCUGGCUCUAAGGCCAGCCAGGAAUCCAGGCCAGAGAGCCAGGGGUCAGGAGCCCUGACUGUCACAUUCAGUACCAUGGAAGCUGCUACAACUUGACAGGCUUUUUGCUGCCUGCAUGGUUGCCUUCUGGAGAAGGGACUGUGAAAGGGACUGUAGGGAAGCCCCUUUUUCUUGCUCUGCCCUCCCAGUGGCUGUUGCAAAAUUCUCAACUGCCUCAUGGCAAAUGCCCAAAGCAUGCUCCGCGCCCAGGCGGGGGCAGCUGCUAAUGAGGACCUCAGUGCAGCUGCAGCCAGGGCGGGUGAGGGCCUUGGAGCCGCGAAGCUGGGCGCCUGCUUACAGCCCUAGCUGGUUCCUCACUGGCGCCUUCUGAACCCGUCUCGGCAGGUCCGCAACACCUGGGCAGAGAGGUCAGUGACCAAGGGAGCCAGGCCUCGUCCUCCAGAUCCCGCUCAGUGCCCAGUAUUCCUGAUGGAUGGCCCCCACUGGGGGCACAGGAGCUUCAGGUACAGAUGAAGCAGGAUGCCCGAUCCUAGACCCCCUGAGGCCUGGUGGCAAGGACCUGGGCACAGGCAGCCAGUUCUCCUUGCAUGCCCUCUGUGGCUGGGGCUGCCUCCCCACCCGGCCUGAAUCUGUCUCAACCUGCAGGAGCACUUGGGCGGCGCCAGGCAUUACCUCACAGUGGGACUGCAGUUGCUGGCGCGGCUCCUGGGCAAGGAGGAGCAGGCCAGAGCCCCUUUCGCUUCCUUUUCCUGCCCAUGCCUCUUCUAGAAGCUGGGCAUGGGUUUGCCAAGAGGUGACAUGAAAGAAGGGGAAACUCAGUGACCUCUACCUCCUGCAUUCCUCUCAGCGGGGGAGGACCCAGCUGCUGCUCCAAAGAACACUGUGCAUGCCUGUGAAUGCAUAUGGGUGCCAGUGUGGGACAAGGGGCAAGUCUAGUGGGGAAACUGGGGCUGGACUUUUGGGUCUUCAGAUGUUGGAGGGUUUAGGAGGCAUGGACCCUCGCCUCUAAUCAGUGCACUUUGGCAUUUGCACAGUGUCUUACCCAGACAGCACAGCAAUAAAGUGUGAGUGCGUGGACA